AUGUUCAGGGUCGGCACCACCACGUUGGCGCGGCGCCCGCUCGCUCCUCUGCUGGCUGCGCGGUCCUGCAACAGCUCAAUGUUUUAUAAGGCACGUCCACAAUUGCUACAGAUGCCUACUGCGGGUCUAGCGCGAUCUUAUUCUGCCCGGUCCUCCUCGACACCAGCGACGCAAAGAAAAGCACAAGUGGCGGCAGCAGUACUGGCGACAGCUGGCGCUGCUUACGUGUACACGACGACUGAGCGUCAGAGCAAGCACGAGAAGCAGCAGCGUGAGCUAGAGAUUGAGAAGGAGCGGAAGCUUAGCAGUCGACUGGCAGCAGAGCUCGUAGCAGCUGAAGCCAAUCAGAACAAAUUGGACUGGAAGGCCACGCUCGAGCGUGUCGUGCCGGCGAUUGUGUCGCUCAAGCUAAAUUCACCUAAGUUCUUUGACACGGAGUCACCAGGCAAUGGAUCGGCCACGGGCUUUGUGGUAGAUGCUGAGAAGGGGAUUAUUCUGACCAAUCGACAUGUUGUAGGGCCAGGACCGAUUGAUGCGGAGGCUGUUUUCCAGAACAAUGAGGAAGUGCGAGUGAUUCCCAUUUAUCGGGAUCCAGUUCAUGAUUUUGGUUUCUUUCAAUUUAACCCAGCGGACGUAAAGCACAUGUCAGUGCCGUCCCUGCGUUUACAGCCGGAGAAAGCUACUGUGGGAACAGAUAUUCGAGUCGUGGGAAACGAUGCUGCUGAGAAACUCGCUAUUGCUAGCGGUACGCUGGCGCGCCUGGAUCGCGACGCACCCAACUACGGAUUUAACAGCUACAACGACUUCAAUACGUUUUACUACCAAGCAUCGUCAGGAACAACCGGGGGCUCUUCUGGUUCACCUGUACUCAACCAUGAUGGCGACGUAAUCGCUCUCAAUGCCGGUGGCAAGAUUGGCACAGCAGCGUCCUUCUAUCUACCAUUGGAUCGAGCCAAGCGAGCGUUCAAUUUAGUUCGGGAAGGUAAGGACGUUCCCCGCGGCACUAUCCAGACCAUUUUCAACUACAAGCCUUUCGACGAGGUGCGUCGACUCGGUGUAGACAGCGCUACAGAAGCGCUUGUGCGCUCUUCUUUUCCGCUAGAGAUAGGAAUGCUGACAGUAGCAGAAACAAUUCCGGAUGGCCCGUCCAGCAAUAAGCUUCAACCAGGUGACGUGUUAGUACGAGUCAACGGCGAAUUGAUUACUCGAUUUGUACCGCUCGAAGCGAUUCUCGACGAUAGUGUGGGCAAAGAGGUGGAGCUCGAAGUCGAGCGUUCUGGAAAGCCGGUCACGUACAAGAUACAGGUCCAAGACUUGCACUCGAUCACUCCAUCGCGCUUCGUGGAGAUCGGUGGGGCAGUUAUAAACCCGCUGUCAUACCAGCAAGCACGAAAUCAUGCAAUGAGUCCUGGAGCACCGUACGUCGCGGACCCAGGUUACUUUCUUCAGCGUUCGCGCAUCGAACGCGGUGCCAUCAUUCACUCGGUGAAUGGCAUCAAGACACCUGAUCUUGAGACGCUCAAGAACUAUCUGAAGCAAUGCGGGGACCGUGAUCGCGUCGUGGUGAAAUUCUCUAAAUUGACGGAUAAGUCGGAGAAGGUUGAGGUUGUGCAUGUGGAUCGCAGGUGGUUUCCGUUCUGUGAGUGCGUGCGCGAUGACAAGCUUGGAACGUGGUAUUGCGAACAGUUUUUGCCUCCGGCCGACAAAAGCAAUGAUGGCAAUGGCACGGAUGCAGUCGAUGAGAAGCCAAUCGGCUCAACAACAACCUUGCCGGGCAAAAACCCGGUGGAAAAUAAGCUUGCGCGAUCUUUGGUGACAGUGGACUUUGAUAGACCGUUCAGCGUGAACAGUUUGUCAAUGUCGAAUUACCGUGGCACAGGACUUGUGAUCGAUGCAAAGAAGGGGCUUGUGGUUGUAGACCGCAACACUGUGACUGACUCGAUGGGCGAUGCCAUGGUGACCUUCGCCAGCACUAUCAUGGUUCCUGCCCAAGUGGUGUUCGUCCACCCGGUGCACAAUUUCGCGAUUGUACAGUACGACCCGAAGCUGAUCGGAUCGACACCCAUUGAGAGCUGCCAAGUGGAAACAAAACCACUUGCACCAUCCGAUUCGGUGUGGCUCGUGGGUCUCAUGAGUAGUGUGGGGCGUAGCGGCCACUCUGACCUUGUGUCCCGCGAGACAAUCGUGUCUGGUGUGAAGUGGAUUGGGUUACCGAUGCCAAAUCCACCACGGUACCAGGAACAUAAUCUGGAAAUGGUAUCGCUGCAGGACGUUGUUGGCACUGAAGGUGGCGUCAUUUGCAGUGACGUGGGUGAGGUAAGCGCAUUUUGGGCCUCUUUUUCUUUCCAGCAGCAGCGUCGUAAUUCAAAAGUGGAAAGCCAGUUCAACCGCGGUAUCCCGAUGGAUAUUAUCAUGGAAAGCGUGGCGCCGCUCAUGCGUGGAGCGACACCCAACAUCUACGACCUUGGUGUUGAUUUUGAGCACUUAAGUUUGGCUAAGGCUCGCGAGCUUGGACUUGGACAAGCUUUAGCCGAGAUUCUAGAAAAGGACGCGCCGGAUCACCGCACCAUCCUGAGUGUAGCCCGUCGAUGGGGUGGCACCGAGGCACAGGCGGUGCUAAAGAAUGGGGACAUUUUAGUUGCGGUGGACGGCAAGAUUGUGACAAGUUUCCGCGAAGUAGAACGUUGUACACAGAAGCCAGAGGUGGAGCUCACGAUCGUGCGCGAUGGUCGCGAGAUGCAACUGGACGUGAAGACUUUGUUCAUGGAGCGCACGGAGAUCAACCGCAUUGUGUUUUGGCAAGGUUUGUUGCUGCAAGCGCCUCCAUUGUCUGUCUCGGCGCAGCGCAGCAUCUCGUUGGACGACGGCAUUUAUGUGUCUUGUCGAUACUCGGGCUCUCCAGCUGCUCGUUAUGGCCCACCGCCUACGAGUCGCAUCAAGGAAAUCGAUGGUAUAAAGAUCACCAGCAUCGACGACUUUCUGAGCGUCGUUACGUCGAAAUCUACGAACGACUCGGUGCGCAUCAAGUACACCGAUCUGAGCGGGAAGGACCGUCUCAGCACACUCAAGCUCGAACCCAAGUACUGGCCUACGAGUGAGUUGGUGAACGAGGACGGUGAAUGGCGUCGGCGUCAACACUAG